AAAACCUAAAAAUAUUUAUAAUAUUAAUUAUUAUGGGUAUUGGAAGCACAUCACUCCCACACAUAACAUCCUACCAACAACGACAUCAACUACAACUAGCAACAACGUUUCCUGCGGAGAAAGGAUUCCAUACCAAUGUUCAAAGCAACAGUUCCUUUGUUGUCCAGAGCUGGAUAGAGAGAGAGAGAGAGAGACAGACAAAGGCAUAUACCCUCAAUUCACACAAAUCCCAGACAACAAAAUCUCAAAAAGAACUAAAAAAUUAAAAAUAAAUAAAAUAAAAACUAAGAUCUGAGAGAGAAAGAGAGAGAGUCGCCGGAAAUGCAGCCGCCGGUACGGCCUCCGUCGACAUUCCGGCAGUAAACCCAUCAUCCAAAAUGCGAGAAAGUGAAAACGAAACCAUCAUCGAAGACAACAAGAAGAAGCAGCUAGAUGAUGAAGAGAGUGAUGAAGUCAUUAUACUAAUCCCACCACCACCGUCUACGGCGGCUGGCCGCCCCCGAUCACGGCGAGUCUCCCCAACAACCACCACCACCGGAGUGAACCAAGUAGAGAAAGCCCUACCCAACGGGGAUCUCUACAGAGGCACAUUCUGGGGCAAAGUCCCCCACGGCAAGGGCAAGUACCUGUGGUCCGACGGUUGCAUGUACGAAGGCGAGUGGAAGCGAGGCAAAGCCAACGGCCAUGGGCGCUUCUCCUGGCCCUCCGGCGCCACCUACGAGGGCCACUUCAAAGCCGGCCGAAUGGACGGCAUCGGCACCUUCUUCGGCUCCGACGGCGACUCCUACAUCGGCUCCUGGUACUCCGAUCGCAAACACGGCUUCGGCGAGAAACACUACGCUAAUGGCGAUGUCUAUGUUGGUUCAUGGAGGUCGAAUUUGCAGGAUGGUGAUGGUAGGUAUGUUUGGAGGAAUGGGAAUGAGUACAUUGGGGAGUGGAGGAAUGGGGUUAUUUCGGGUAAGGGGGUUUUGAUUUGGGCUAAUGGGAAUCGAUAUGAAGGGAAUUGGGAAGAUGGUGUUCCUAAAGGAAAUGGGGUUUUUGCUUGGCCAGAUGGGAGUUCUUAUACUGGGAUUUGGGGUGAUAAUUUGCAUAAUCGGCAGCCUGAGCAGCCGUGUUUCGUGUUGCCGCCGUCCAGGAAGAGAUCGUCGGUGGACGGUGGGAGGGGUAGUUUGGCUGAGAGGAAUGUCAAUUUUCCCAGAAUUUGUAUAUGGGAAUCUGAUGGUGAAGCUGGGGAUAUUACUUGUGAUAUUGUAGACAAUGUGGAGGCUUCAAUGUUUUAUAGAGAUGGGAUUGGGGUUGGGAGUGAAUCUCCUUGUGGAGGAGCUCCUGCUGGGCAGUUGAGGAAGAGUCCUUGUUGGUAUGAAGGCUCUGAUGUCAAGAAACAAGGGCAGAUGAUAUCCAAGGGACAUAAGAAUUAUGAAUUGAUGCUUAAUCUCCAACUGGGUAUCAGGUUGAUUAUUGGAUUGGAUUCUUUUGCUUUUGCUUUUUCAUCUGUUGCAUCUGUUGACGUUAUUUGGGUAUUGGGUUUUUGUUGGUUGGUUUUGUGUUUUGUGAGAUUCUUAUUGAUUUGUAGAUACUCUGUUGGGAAGCAUGCGUCCAUUACACGGGCACUUAAGCCAGCGGAUUUUGAUCCCAAGGAGAAGUUCUGGACUAGGUUUCCAACUGAAGGAUCGAAAUGCACGCCGCCACACCAGUCAGUGGACUUCAGAUGGAAGGACUACUGUCCCAUGGUGUUUAGACAUCUUAGGGAAAUGUUUGCAAUAGAUCCUGCGGAUUACAUGCUGGCUAUUUGCGGAAGCGAUGCCCUUAGGGAACUGUCUUCCCCUGGCAAGAGUGGAUGUUUGUUCUACCUAACACAAGAUGAUCGAUUUAUGAUCAAAACUGUGAAGAAAUCUGAAGUUAAGGUGCUUAUACGUAUGCUUCCAAGUUACUACCAACAUGUUUAUCAGCACAAAAACUUCUUGGUGACAAAGUUCUUUGGCGUGCAUUGUGUUAAACCGGUGGGAGGUCAAAAGACCCGAUUUGUUGUAAUGAGCAAUCUGCUCCACUCGGAGUACCGUAUCCAUAAACGGUUUGACCUGAAGGGAUCAUCAUAUGGCCGCACAAUUGAUAAACCUGAAGGGGAAAUUGAUGAGACUACCACACUCAAAGACUUAGAUCUGAAUUUCGUCUUUCACCUGCAACGGUCUUGGUUUGAAGAGCUUAUCAGACAAAUUGAUAGAGACUGCGAAUUCUUGGAAGCAGAGGGAAUCAUGGACUACAGCCUUUUGAUUGGUAUUCACUUCCGCGAUGACUACUCCAGUGAUGGCACGGAUGUGUCACCUUUCAAUAUGCAUUCAGAUAAAAAUGACACACAUCAAGAUGAUAAGUUAAAUCGAGGAUGUGAUUUUAAAGAAGAGCUGCAGGAUAAGGAUUGGAUUCUAGAUGGAUGGAAGCCAUUUAUCCGGUUAGGUGCAAAUAUGCCGGCAAGGGCUGUCCGCGUGUCGAGGAUGGAAUUUGAUCAUUACACAGGCAGUGGAAGUAGCAGUUCAACCCCUUCACCGGGCGGUGGCGGUGGUGAGAUCUGUGAUGUAGUCCUGUACUUUGGUAUCAUUGACAUCCUCCAAGAUUAUGAUAUCACCAAAAAACUAGAACAUGCAUACAAGUCCUUGCAAGUGGACCCCACCUCCAUUUCGGCCGUUGAUCCAAAGCUCUAUUCAAAAAGAUUCAGAGAUUUCAUAAACAGAAUCUUCGUCGAAGACCAUCAAUAAUGGGGGAAAAAAAGUAGAACAACAUCAAGCUGAAUCGAUUGUCAUUAAAUUUUGGGUUAUUCCCCAAAGAACAGGAUGGUGGGAUUGUCAAUCUCCGGGAGGCCAUGAAAGCCAGCAACUACACAGCCAAGCGUCUUGUUGGCUUUUCAUAGGAAUUGGGGUUUUUUGUGGCUGAAUUUUUGAGAUCAGCCAUGAUGAUGGAGAGAGAGUGCGACUUCUGUAAUUUUUUUAAUUUUUUUUUUCUAAUAUAUUGUUUUGUGGGGGAAUGAACAGCUGAAUAUAGGAAACAUAGAAAUGCUUCCCUUUGGAGGGAAAAGAAUAAUGUGUACAGUUAAGAGAAAGAUGGGUAAUGAACUGAAAAGAAUUUUUUUGAUGGAUUUUUUUUUUUUUUUUUUGGGGGGGGGAUAAAGAAAUUUGAAAAGAAAAUGGUCCCUACCUGUGCAAGAAAGAAAAGAACAUCUCAAGAGUCUGAAUCUGAAUUCUGUAUGUGUGUGUGUGUCUGUGUUGCAGAAUUGUUUUGUUGUUUUUUGGUCUGGGCUCUUUAGCGCAUUCAAAUUGGGUCUUUAGCUUUAUUUUUUUGUUUGGCAGCAUGGAAAGCAUGAAAAGAAGAGAAAGCACAAGAGGAGAGAUGUGGAAGGGUGUUUCCUUGUAUUCUCUCUCUUUCUUUCUUCUGUUGAAGUUUGGAAAGUUGGGGCUGUAAUUAUUGAAUUUAAGCUCUCUUUUUUUUGCUUC